AGUACAUCACUAUCUCACGAGACUCUAUCGGACAAGAGUUGUCUCCCGAGAGGGCUGUCUUGCUGGUGCCGUUCCUCCUGUCCCGCGUGGAGGUAGGUCGACAUUGACCCGUUAUCCCUGCAGCCUAAUCUCCGCCCGUCUCACAUCUCAGUCGCAUGCGCCGCACUUGAGCACCCGACAUGGCGACCCCGGAAGCCGCUCCUCAUUUUGGAGCCGAAUUGAAGGAUGCCUUCAAACCCGUCAACAAUUGGGUACGUUACCCGAAUCCGUCCGUCGCUGCCGCACAGUCCCGCGAAGACUAAUGGAGGAUAGGUUUUCAAUGGUAUAUCAUGGCUGGACGAGAUACAACAGUUCUACCGAGAGCGCAGCGCAAUCGAGAAAGAAUACGCGGCGAAGCUGUCGGGACUAUGCAAGAAGUAUUAUGACCGGAAAGCAAAGAAGAUCAGCACGUUGAGUGUGGGCGACACCCCCAGCAUGACGCCGGGGUCGCUGGAAAGUGCCUCCCUCACCACCUGGACCACACAGUUGACCGCCGUCGAGUCGCAUGCCUCAGAGCGCGAUCAGUUUGCCAACGAUCUCGUCGCGCAAGUGGCCGAGCCGCUGAAAUUGGCGGCGACGCAGUACGAAGAGCUGCGGAAGUGCCAUGUGGACUUCCAUGCGAAAUUGGAGAAGGAGAGGGACUCGUCGUAUAGCGAUCUCAAGAAGGCCAAGGGGAAAUACGACGGAGUGUGUCAGGAAGUGGAGGCGAAACGGAAGAAGAUGGAGAAUUCGUUCGACCAUGGGAAGCCAAAGGCCCAGGCUGCGUACCAGCAGCAAAUCCUCGAAAUGAACAACGUCAAGGUGAGUGCAUCGGAUCUGGGUCUUCGGACGUAGCUAAUGGGACAGAACACAUACCUGAUCAGCAUC